GAGUUUAUUUUAGACUUGAGUUUAUUUUAAAGCAGGUCAAAUCAUGAAACUGUCGUUGCAGGAACAUAUCUGUUGUUGUCAAACUCCGGCGCAAUCAAAAUGAGAGAAGAUAUGGCAGAAACUACGUCACUUUCAUAUAAUCCUGCGUCACUACCCUCUCGUGUCACUGUUUCUCAGCAGCAUGCUACUUUUUCCAAAAGCUAAACUGUACUGUACAGCGGGGUACGCCGGGGGCUUCCUAACGCGGUGCACACAACGCGCUGAAUAACUUUUUUUCUUGUGAAUGAGCUAUUCUUGGCAGGUAAAGCGAGAUCUUUCCCGGAGUGUGAUAUCUUAGCCACGCGCAGGUCUAUAGAGACAUGUGAUUGGACAGUUCUACAAAAAUAACGGUUUUGUUAUCUUUCAAAAUAGCAAACGCACGCACAGCAGCGUGCUGCGCUCAGGAUCAGCGCUCGUGCAUUUGUCAAACGUCCUUUGAACAGACAUCACACCUUAUCUAUGCCAUCACCUGCACCUUAAAAUGACGUUGUGGGAAAUCCGUUAUUCGAAGUGAUUGACGGUCAACUCCCGCUACUGCGUUUCAACGUUUCUGAAUAUUACAAGUUUCAAACUAGCAGAAAGGAUUAAGAUGUUGAGGGUGAUCAUGAUGAAAGUCUGCCCACUUUACCUUCUUUUGCUCCCUUUAUCUUGACAUCGGUUUACUAGUUAAUCCCAAUGGACGAUAGUCAAAAUAAACAUGUUUAACAAUAAUUCAAUAAUCCCAUAAAAAUAGGGAUGUUUGGAGAAGCAGUUCCACCGCAUAACCGAGAACGCAGGACGCGCUCUUUUAUUGGACAGAACCCGCGCGCGCCAGUUACUAGGGCGCUCCGCAAAGGCAAUCAUGGCGAUUGUUGCUGUGCAGAUUUCAUCACCGUCGAACUUCAGAAAAACAACAAACAUGAGUUAGUUACGACGUCAAGCGUUACUGAGAGUGACACACGCGAACUGUUCAAAUGUUUACAUUAUUUUUGUUUUACUGCGAAGGCAUUGAGAACAAGAUAACAAUAUUUUCGGUUUUGUAAGAAGAUGGUCCGUUGCAGAGGCUCCCUUACUUUCUAGCGCUGAGGUUGUUGCUAUGCAAAACUUUACAGAGACACGGGGCAGGUUAAAGCUUUUAAGGUCACAUCAAUUCUAAUCUCAUCUCGAAUUUGCGUCCUCACUUGCACACAUUGCAUCAGAGACGUCGAUCAAUUUACAUCAUAAGUCUAACCCUUACCGAACCUUAUUCUACUUACCUUUAUGAUCGGUCCGUUGACAAAUAGUGCAAACACGCCGUCUUACACCAACAACAAAGCCAACAUUACUUGAUAUUAUUGUAAUUAUUGUGGUUUCUCGUUACAGUGCUGUACGAUUGUCCUGGCAGUUGCACACUAGAGGUCACUGUUGUGCUUUCCUGAGAAUUGUAGAAGAAACUCAACCACGUAAUUCUGCUAUUACGUCAUAUCCGCUUCCCUGACGUCUUAGAGGAAUAAACAUGACCUCCGUGGAUAUGCAAUCCAAAUAACCUCUUUUAACUAAAUUAAAGACAAAUUGAAGUUUAAGAUCAUCGUUCUCCGUUGAAGACCAUUAUGUCGUCUUUGAUGUCGUGGUGCUUUGGCUGUUGCGGUGACGGCAACAGUGGCCACGUAACACUAAAGGAAAUGCCCACGGUUCAGCUCGACACACAUUGCAUGGGUACUGAUGUUGUGAUUGUAAAGAGUGGAAAACGCAUAUGUGGAACUGGUGGCUGCAUUGCAAAUGCUCCUCUUCAUCAAAACAAGAGCUACUUUGAGUUUAAGAUCCAGUCCACAGGUGUCUGGGGCAUUGGAGUGGCUACUCAGAAAGCAAAUCUGAACCAGGUCCCCAUGGGGAGAGACGCACACAGCAUUGUGCUAAGGCAUGAUGGCACUGUGUACUACAACAAUGAAGAAAAGAACCGAUUACCUGCCAACAGUUUACCACAGGAAGGAGACAUUGUGGGUGUUACCUAUGACCACGUGGAGAUGAAUUUGUACCUAAAUGGGAAGAAUAUGAACUGUCCAGCAUCUGGCAUUAGAGGAACUGUUUAUCCUGUUGCUUGUGUGGAUGAUAGUGCGAUAUUGGACUGUCAGUUCAGUGACUUCUACCAUACUCCUCCACAAGGCUUUCAGAAGAUUCUUUUCGAGAAACAGAUUUUCUAAAGUUCAUGCUGUGCUGUAUGAACACUCAAGAUAUGGCCGGGACUUGAAGUGCUAUGUUUUUCACUGACAUCUAACGGUUGUUUAGUUCAUAAUACUGAAAAGUGCAGCACGUUGAAUUAUGACUGUUACACAACUGAUGCUGACCACUGCUCUGUUAAUAAAUAAGUCAUCUUUUGUUUUCUUGGAGAACUCAAUGCGUGAUAUCGGCAGUGCACUUCAAAUUUAAAAUGUCUGUUCAGAACAUAUUUAUCAGUUAUUUGCACUACAUCUUACACUGUACAUUUACUGAUGUAUUUCCAUCCUGUUGUUGUGGGCAAGUGUGGAUAUAGGUUUGUGGCUGGUUUGAAUUUAAACAAGAAUUGGUUAUAUCGGAGUAAUGAAUAACAGCUGACAAUCAGGGCUUUAUACUUAAUGCAUUUCAAAAGAAACAGGGUGAAUUGUCAAAGCUCUUCAUUGUAUUAGUCUGUCAGAUGAUGUUGAUACGUUCUGUGUAACAAAGUUUAACUGCCAUGCUGACCACCAUCAUAUUCAUCAUAGUGAUUGUCUAAUGUAAACUCUACAAAACAUCUAAAUUUUUUAUGUAUUCACUUUCGAUAUACGUUUUAUUUUAAAUCAAGACAACAGUGUGCACAGCAUUUAGUGUGACUAACAUAUUUAAUGAAUAUCAGUCCUACGGCAGGAUAAGAACUGUAAAUGUUAUUUAAAAAAAUGAAAUGAGUGGAAAGAUAUGAUUUUAAAUUGUUUGUUAUGAAGAAUUAUGAUUGUAUAACAAAGUCGUUUACCAAAAUUAUGGAACGGAACGGUUCUAUUAACGUUCAUUGAUUUUUUGUCUGUCCCAAUCCGACAGGUAUUUUGUGUUUUUCUUUGAUAAUAAAUAUUUUGCUUUUU